GCCACUCGGCGCCUCCCCCGCCGGGCUCGGGCUACGCGGCGGCGGGGCGGCCCUAGGAGCCGGGCGAGCGGCGCGGAGGGGGCGAGCCCGGCGUGCGAGUCUCAUUGUUGUGGGGGGGGCCCGUCGGGGCAUGAGGGCGAGAGCACGGCGGGGGGGGCGGCCAGACAGAGCGAGCGAGGAGGAGGAGGAGGAGGACGCGGAGGAGGAGGAAGGAGGAGGCAAAGAAAAGAAGCGGCGGCGGCGGAGGGAGAGGAGGAGGGGGCGAGGAGGCGCGCGGCCCCCCGCUCCCUCCCUCCCCCCUGACCCCCGACCCCCGCCGGCCGGCCCCCCGCCCCAGCCCCGGAGGAAGCUCAUGGGAGUAUGAAGGAGAUGGUAGGAGGCUGCUGCGUAUGUUCGGACGAGAGGGGCUGGGCCGAGAACCCGCUGGUCUACUGCGAUGGGCACGCGUGCAGCGUGGCCGUCCACCAAGCUUGCUAUGGCAUCGUUCAGGUGCCAACGGGACCCUGGUUCUGCCGGAAAUGUGAAUCUCAGGAGCGAGCAGCCAGGGUGAGGUGUGAGCUGUGCCCACACAAAGACGGGGCAUUGAAGAGGACUGAUAAUGGAGGCUGGGCACACGUGGUGUGUGCCCUCUACAUCCCCGAGGUGCAAUUUGCCAACGUGCUCACCAUGGAGCCCAUCGUGCUGCAGUACGUGCCUCAUGAUCGCUUCAACAAGACCUGUUACAUCUGCGAGGAGCAGGGCCGGGAGAGCAAGGCGGCCUCGGGAGCCUGCAUGACCUGUAACCGCCAUGGAUGUCGACAAGCUUUCCACGUCACCUGUGCCCAAAUGGCAGGCUUGCUGUGUGAGGAAGAAGUGCUGGAGGUGGACAACGUCAAGUACUGCGGCUACUGCAAAUACCACUUCAGCAAGAUGAAGACAUCCCGGCACAGCAGCGGGGGAGGCGGAGGAGGCACUGGAGGAGGAGGCGGCAGCAUGGGGGGAGGUGGCAGUGGUUUCAUCUCUGGGAGGAGAAGCCGGUCAGCCUCACCAUCCACGCAGCAGGAGAAGCACCCCACCCACCACGAGAGGGGCCAGAAGAAGAGUCGAAAGGACAAAGAACGCCUUAAGCAGAAGCACAAGAAGCGGCCUGAGUCGCCCCCCAGCAUCCUCACCCCGCCCGUGGUCCCCACUGCUGACAAGGUCUCCUCCUCGGCUUCCUCUUCCUCCCACCACGAGGCCAGCACGCAGGAGACCUCUGAGAGCAGCAGGGACUCAAAGGGGAAAAAGUCUUCCAGCCAUAGCCUGAGUCAUAAAGGGAAGAAACUGAGCAGUGGGAAAGGUGUGAGCAGUUUUACCUCCGCCUCCUCCUCUUCCUCCUCCUCUUCCUCCUCCUCUGGGGGGCCCUUCCAGCCUGCAGUCUCGUCCCUGCAGAGCUCCCCUGACUUCUCUGCAUUCCCCAAGCUGGAGCAGCCAGAGGAGGACAAGUACUCCAAGCCCACAGCCCCCGCCCCUUCAGCCCCUCCUUCUCCCUCAGCUCCCGAGCCCCCCAAGGCUGACCUUUUUGAGCAGAAGGUGGUCUUCUCUGGCUUUGGGCCCAUCAUGCGCUUCUCCACCACCACCUCCAGCUCAGGCCGGGCCCGGGCGCCCUCCCCUGGGGACUAUAAGUCUCCCCACGUCACGGGGUCUGGGGCCUCGGCAGGCACCCACAAACGGAUGCCCGCACUGAGUGCCACCCCUGUGCCUGCUGAUGAGACCCCUGAGACAGGCCUGAAGGAGAAGAAGCACAAAGCCAGCAAGAGGAGCCGCCAUGGGCCAGGCCGUCCCAAGGGCAGCCGGAACAAGGAGGGCACUGGGGGCCCAGCUGCCCCAUCCUUGCCCAGUGCCCAGCUGGCUGGCUUUACCGCCACUGCUGCCUCACCCUUCUCUGGAGGUUCCCUGGUCAGCUCCGGCCUGGGAGGUCUGUCCUCCCGAACCUUUGGGCCUUCUGGGAGCUUGCCCAGCUUGAGCCUGGAGUCCCCCUUACUAGGGGCAGGCAUCUACACCAGUAAUAAGGACCCCAUCUCCCACAGUGGCGGGAUGCUGCGGGCUGUCUGCAGCACCCCUCUCUCCUCCAGCCUCCUGGGGCCCCCAGGGACCUCGGCCCUGCCCCGCCUCAGCCGCUCCCCGUUCACCAGCACCCUCCCCUCCUCUUCUGCUUCUAUCUCCACCACUCAGGUGUUUUCUCUGGCUGGCUCUACCUUUAGCCUCCCUUCUACCCACAUCUUUGGAACCCCCAUGGGUGCCGUUAAUCCCCUCCUCGCCCAAGCUGAGAGCAGCCACACAGAGCCAGACCUGGAGGACUGCAGCUUCCGGUGUCGGGGGACCUCCCCUCAGGAGAGUCUGUCUUCCAUGUCCCCCAUCAGCAGCCUCCCCGCACUCUUCGACCAGACAGCCUCUGCACCCUGUGGGGGCGGCCAGUUAGACCCGGCGGCCCCAGGGACGACUAACAUGGAGCAGCUUCUGGAGAAGCAGGGCGACGGGGAGGCCGGCGUCAACAUCGUGGAGAUGCUGAAGGCGCUGCACGCGCUGCAGAAGGAGAACCAGCGGCUGCAAGAGCAGAUCCUGAGCCUGACGGCCAAAAAGGAGCGGCUGCAGAUUCUCAACGUGCAGCUCUCUGUGCCCUUCCCUGCCCUGCCUGCUGCCCUGCCUGCCGCCAACGGCCCUGUCCCUGGGCCCUAUGGCCUGCCUCCCCAAGCCGGCAGCAGCGACUCCUUGAGCACCAGCAAGAGCCCUCCGGGAAAGAGCAGCCUCGGCCUGGACAACUCGCUGUCCACUUCUUCUGAGGACCCACACUCAGGCUGCCCGAGCCGCAGCAGCUCGUCGCUGUCCUUCCACAGCACGCCCCCACCGCUGCCCCUCCUCCAGCAGAGCCCUGCCACUCUGCCCCUGGCCCUGCCUGGGGCCCCUGCCCCACUCCCGCCCCAGCCGCAGAACGGGUUGGGCCGGGCACCCGGGGCAGCGGGGCUGGGGGCCAUGCCCAUGGCUGAGGGGCUGUUGGGGGGGCUGGCAGGCAGUGGGGGCCUGCCCCUCAAUGGGCUCCUUGGGGGGUUGAAUGGGGCCGCUGCCCCCAACCCCGCAAGCUUGAGCCAGGCUGGCGGGGCCCCCACGCUGCAGCUGCCAGGCUGUCUCAACAGCCUUACAGAGCAGCAGAGACAUCUCCUUCAGCAGCAAGAGCAGCAGCUCCAGCAACUCCAGCAGCUCCUGGCCUCCCCGCAGCUGACCCCGGAACACCAGACUGUUGUCUACCAGAUGAUCCAGCAGAUCCAGCAGAAACGGGAGCUGCAGCGCCUGCAGAUGGCUGGGGGCUCCCAGCUGCCCAUGGCCAGCCUGCUGGCAGGAAGCUCCACCCCGCUGCUGUCUGCGGGUACCCCUGGCCUGCUGCCCACAGCGUCUGCUCCACCCCUGCUGCCUGCUGGAGCCCUAGUGGCUCCCUCGCUUGGCAACAACACAAGUCUCAUGGCCGCAGCAGCUGCAGCUGCAGCAGUGGCAGCAGCAGGCGGACCUCCAGUCCUCACUGCCCAGACCAACCCCUUCCUCAGCCUGUCGGGAGCAGACGGCAGUGGCGGUGGCCCCAAAGGAGGGACCGCUGACAAAGGAGCCUCAGCCAACCAGGAAAAAGGCUAAAUCCACCCUUACCCCUCCUGACCCCCCAAGUGGAGGGAACAGAUCCUGGUCUGAGGGGUCCUAGCCUGGAGCAGGCGCCUGCGCCCAGACCCUGGAGAGCCUUGACCCAGAGCCUGUGCUGAGGUCCAGGGAGUGUGGAGAGCUCCUGGUGUCGAGGACUGAGACUGAGAGGGGAGCCCCCUCCAUCUGGCCCCCUUCCCUUUCCGCACUGUCCGCUUUGUGAGGCUCAGAGGAAGGACAGUCUGCAAGCCCGCCUAGGAGGUCCAUCCCCAGCAAAUAUUUUGGAGGUCCCCCCAGAGAGCAGAGUGGGCCAUGGCAGAAGUAGGGGGUUGGUUGGACCUGUCACAUGAAAUGGAUCAGCACUUGAAUGGGGAGAAGUGGAGGGAGAGGCCCUGGGCCUGUCCCUGCGGGGAAAUCUUUUAUGGGAGAAGGGCUGGACCCACUUUACCUGCAGUUUCUUCCCAGCUCGGGCAGAUGGCAGAAGGGACCCCUUGGACUUUUUCUCGCCAUCCCUCCCCCCAGCGCAGGGGCACAAGCUGAGCUUGUAAAAGCCCACAGAUGUUGGGGGCUGGAGAAGGGGCAGGAGAGCAUCACACUCAGCCCCAGCCUCCUCAACCUCUUGGGGCCCCGUGAUGGGGAGGAGAGGGCAGGUGCGGGGAGGCUCCGGCCUUCCUUGGUGCCCCGCCCUUUGUUUGCACUAUUGGACUUAGGAGUGCCGAGGGUGGGGAGAUGGAGCUGCCCGACUCAGUGUGUGAGUGUGUGUGUGCGUGCAUGUGUGUGUGUGUGUGUGUGUAUGUGUCUGUCUGCCUGUCUCUCCUCCUGGACCCAGGGCAGCCAAGGGCAGGGAUAGGCGCAGUGGUCAGAUGAAGCAGCGCCAGAGAGGGGACCUCCCAGCUCUUAUUUGCACCCUCCCCACCUGACCAACUUUGGUCCCUCUCUGGGGGCAUGAAUGGUUAACAAACACCAGAGCAGUACUCCAAUAUUGGAGAGUGGCUGGGGGCACAGGGCUUUGAAUCAGGGUAGUAUCCUGCCUUCCCUCCCCUGACCCCACAUGGUCUCAGGGCCCCCUUAGGGCCCCCUACCCCACUGAUAGCUUCCUCCUUCUCUGGCACAAGGGGAGCCCCAGGGCUUGGGGGAGGGCGUAAGGUGGGGGGAAAUGCCACUGCUUUUAGCAAAAGCCUCCCUCCCAGAAUUAGCCAGCUUGCCUCCUGCACCCCACCCCCACCAACCAGGGGAGCCACUAAGCUGACUAACAACUGUCCCCUCACCCACCAGCUAUUUCCCCAGGGUAGAGUGGGCAAUUCUCACCUUCAAAGAGUCCCCGCCUGCCCAGGCCUUUGGCACAGAGGCUGAGUGGACAGUCAGGAGAGAGGCGAGAGGCAAGGCGAAGCCUGUGUCCCUGUUUCAGUUGCACUGGGGUUGGAGCCCAGGGUAGGGGUUUCCAGCUUCCCCAGGCUCCGGCCUUGUCAGUCUCUUUGCAUGUGUGGAUUUUUCUGUGUGUGUUUCUGUUUGGGUUUUUGUUGUUGGGUUUUUUUUUUUUUUUUAAUAAAGAAAAGAAGAUGUGUAUAUUUUUGGCAAUGACAGAAACGUAGUGCAGAUAUAUUUUUGCCUGUGCUGCUCAACUGUUUUUUUUUUUCUGAUACUGAAAAUAAUAUUAAUAUUCCUGUUGAUAAGACUUUGUAAGAUGUUAGGGAGCUGAUAAUGGAGGGGGGUGGGAAUCCUUCAAAGGCAAUUUCUUAGGCACUUGCAAGGGCUUGGGGGAGGGGGAGGCAGUUGUGAUGACCUCAGAAAUACUCACUUUUUAUUAAUGCUAAAUAUGUUAGAAAGAAAUGAUAGCAUUCAGCAUUUUAUUCUUCUUAAUCUAUUAAGCUGUGUAACUCCCUGCCCCAAACCACUGAAAAGAAAAGUAACCUUCAGGCCAGGCGCGGUGGCUCACGCCUGUAAUCCCAACACUUUGGGAGGCUGAGGCGGGCGGAUCACCUAAGGUCAGGAGUUCAAGACCAGCCUGGCCAACAUGGUGAAACCCCGUCUCUAUCAAAAAUUAGCCGGGCAUGGUGGCACGUGCCUGUAAUCCCAGCUACUUGGGAGGCUGAGGCACGAGAAUUGCUUGAACCCAGGAGGCUGAGGCUGCAGUGAGCCAAGAUUGUGCCACUGCACUCCAGCCUGUGUGAGAGAGUGAGACUCUGUCUCAAAAUAGAAAAAAAAAGAAAAGUAACCUUCAGAGAUUCUUAGAAGAGUUGCUCAUUCACACCCACGCCCUUGCCCAAGGCUGGCCCACUUAGAGCGAAACUUAACUUUUGUCUGGAUGGGAAGAGAAGUAAGUCUACCCCCAAGGUUGCCAUGUUGAAGAGUGAGAGGUCCAAGUGAUUCUGUGCAUUGAAACCAAGACACCCCACCCAGAACACUUCUUCCCUCCCUCAGCCCAAACCAAAGGCUGGGGUUCUCAUCUCCAAGUGGCUGUUCUCCAACUUUCCCAAGCCGCUUGCAUUCCCCAGACUGGGCUACUGUGGCGGUUAGGUUAGAUUUGAAGACGGGGCCCAGGCUGGGUAUGAACGGGUGCAGCCCUCUUCUCCUCUUCCCCCCCACAUCUCUCAUGAGAGAGGUAGUGGCAUUUCCUUCUCAGGGAGCUUCAAUGGGAAAGGUCUCGAAAGCUUCAGGAGGAGCAGAAUACCAAUGCAGGGGGAUGGCUGUAACGAUCUCACCGUCUCCUAACCUCAGUCCCUUUUUUGAGAGUGAAUGGUGGAGGGUGGGAAGGGACCCAGAUUUGUAGAUCUCUUUGUCUGGGGGAGGGGAAGGAUGUGGUUUGCAGAGCGGAAGCAGAGUUUGGAAACGCAUGAGAGCAGAGCUUCGUGUGUUCCCACCCUCAGUGAGGAGGUGUGAGUGGGUGAGCAUGUGGAGUUGGGUGUUCCCACCCUCAGUGAGGAGGUGUGAGUGGGGGUGCAUAUAGAGGCAGUGCCUGCUGUGGGGUCACAACUGGUGCAUGCCAGCGCCAAAGGGACCUGUCUUUAGGGGUCAUUUCAGCCAGCUCCUCCCAUCACAGAUGACAGCUCCAAGCCUAGAAGGGGCUCAGUGACAGGGCCAGGACAAGCCCUCAGGACUGUGGCCUCCUGGCCCUUGGUUCCCCUGCCCCACGGCAUGGUCUCCACGUGGCUGGCUGGCUGGCUGUCCCUGUGUGUGUGUGACACACGGUGUGAGUGCAGGGCUGUGCCCGGGGUGGGAGGGUGUCUAUGUGGCACUGACUGUCUUAGCUCAGAGCUGGUGGAUCCUCUCCAUGGACAAUGACACUUUAAGGAUUGUCUUGGUUUGUUUUUCCUAUUUGUGGGGUAUUUUCCCCCUCAGGCUCCUGGGUCUGCUGCUGCCUCAAGGUGUCCUGACCUUGAGGCUGAUGAGGGGACCCCUGCCUGUUUCCCCCAUACUGAGUUCUAGGGAGGUGCUCACCCCAGACUCUUAGGAAGGGUCUAGAGAAAUGAGAGGAGCCCAGGCCAGGGGCCAGCUCUGAGAAAGGGUAACCUCCACGCUUCUCUCUCCCAAAUUGGAAAUGAAGACAGGUUUUCAAAGGCACAGGCUCCCCCUGCCAGCUUCUAGGAUCUUCCUUGGUGUGCAAUGGGCCAGUUAGGGGUAGGCAGCUUGCACCCAGUUCUCCUUUAUCUCAACUUAUUUUCCUGGGGAGAGGUGCCUAGAGGGAUUGAGGUAACUUCAACUGGGAAUUCCAAGGAAGGUGGGCAAGUAGCCUUGGCUCUCUCCCGCCAUGUCCAUCAGGAUUGAGAGUGUGUCUAGCUCCCGACCACUUUGUCUUGACCUACUGAAAAGUUGGGAACUGAGGGGUGCCUUCAUUCCCCUUUGUUCACUUUCUCCAGCUCAACUUGGGACUUGGGUGGUGGGACUGGAGACCUCACCCCUGCUCCCGUCCCGCCCCCUUUCUAUCCCAACCUGUUUCCAUGUAGCAGACCCUUCCUAGGGAGCAGGGAGGGGAAGCCACAGAUUGCAAACCCAGGGGCUCCUUUUUCAUUCUUUCUAAAACCUUGAUAUCCUCAGCCCAAAGGCGAUGCCCCCCUGCCACCUCCAAGCCUGGAAUUGUGCAUAACCCGGAUCUUGUAUCUUUGUAUAACGGAUGUUAUUUGUACGAAGGGCAGUUCGUAAACAGCACUUGUUCUUUUAAUAAAAGAAUGUUUUGCAAAAAAAAAAAAAAAAAUCCGAA